CGAGGCCGGGCCCCGCGUUGGGAGGCCGCGCCACCCCGGGGGAGCUGCCCGGCGGUGAGUUUGCCCAGCAGCCGAAAGAAGGCGGGAGCCGGCGGGGGCCCUCGAAACCCUCUGGCAACCCAGGCCCAGAGUCCCCGGGGAGCUGCCGCUUACUGGGACGCCCUCCCGGACGUCCCCGCCGAAGGGUAACGGUUCUGGGUCCCCGGCAAAAGGAGCCUUCAGGUGACCCCCGGCGGGGCCCUGCGAGCCGCGGGAGCCAACCUCGGGGCCUGGAGCCGGGGAGGAAGGGGCUUUCCGGAGGCGCGGGGCCGGGGUCCCAGGAGCCGUAGCGCGGCGAAGCGGAGCCGGGCCUCCCGGGCACGGGGCAGGGCAGCGCGUGCUCUGGAGACAGACUCUGGGACCAUCGGGUGCGGGGGCCUCAGCGACUGCCCCGCGGGGAGCGCGGCCGCGGAGUGGCCUAUAGGGGAGCCUACCCCCGAGAGGCCGGCCCGGGACAGGGAGAUGAACGGCUUUAGCACCGAGGAGGACAGCCGCGAAGGGCCCCCCUCCGCCCCCGCCGCCGCCCCGGGCUACGGCCAGAGCUGCUGCCUCAUCGAGGACGGCGAGCGCUGCGUCCGGCCGGCGGGCAACGCCUCCUUCAGCAAGAGGGUCCAGAAGAGCAUCUCGCAGAAGAAACUCAAACUGGACAUCGACAAGAGCGUAAGGCACCUGUAUAUCUGCGACUUCCACAAAAAUUUCAUCCAAAGUGUACGAAAUAAAAGGAAGAGGAAGACAAGUGACGAUGGUGGAGAUUCUCCUGAACACGACACCGACAUUCCUGAGGUUGAUUUGUUCCAGCUACAGGUGAACACUCUACGACGUUACAAACGACACUACAAAUUGCAGACCAGACCAGGCUUCAAUAAGGCCCAGUUAGCAGAAACUGUCAGUCGACACUUCAGGAACAUACCUGUGAAUGAAAAAGAGACCCUUGCCUACUUCAUCUACAUGGUGAAGAGUAACAAGAGUAGACUGGACCAGAAAUCAGAGGGCAGCAAACAGCUGGAGUGAGGAUGAAGCACAUCUUCCAGGAAUGAAGUAUAAUGCUUAAUGCACAGGUGAUAUCUGCUACAUUUAAGCCCAUAAAGACUUUUAAGUUUUAUUAUAAAUAAAAAAGUUUGAAUGAUAAAUACUGUAAAUCUUUUUGGUCAGGAGGAUUAUAUUCUCCUGGUUCAGCAUGUGUAUACAAAGACUUUCUUUUAAGGCAACUACUGGGCUGAAAAAAACAAGAUCAUAGAAAGAAUGAAAGAACAAGUAUGUAUUGCAGCAUUCAAAAAAGCAUUAUGUCAGUGCUACUGGAAAUGAGGAAUAACAAAUAUUUUGGUAGUCACCUUGUAAUCCCAUGCUGCCGUGUGUGAGAUGUAGCCCUGUAAUAGCAGCAGGGAGCAGGUGAUGGUGGAGGUGCAUGAGCAGACCCAAGUGUGCUGGGCCCAUGGAUGCCCCGCCUUGUCGCAGGCUUUGUUGUUUAUCAGCAAAUCUGUUUGACCCUGGUCCCGCUCUCUGGCCUGUGCCUUACACGCAGUAGGCACUCAGUCAGCAUUUGUUGGCUCAUUGAGCUGUCACUGACAGUGCCAGCCUUGUAACACCUGCUUCACACCGCUGCAAUUUCUGUGGUUUACCACUUAACUUCUAGAGUGUGGAGGAAAUCCUGAUGGACCAACAAGAGGUUUCACAUCAAAUGAGCACUUCAGGACAGUCACAUGUGCCAAGCUGUAUUGGUGGAGGUUCCAGAAGCACAGGUGCAGAGACCUCACAGGAGACGCGGCCCUUUGCACACCCUUCUGUGCUUCAUUUUUUGGGGUGAAGUUGUGUAUUAUGAUGUCAUCCAUUCUCCUGGGCCAUAAAUGCUUUGGCAAAUGGAGAUACUCAGAGGUUUGGGGCCCACGUUUUCAGAAGUACUAAUCCGUAGCUCACAACCACGAAAGCUGCCAAGGACCAUGUGAUCCCUGCUCAGAAGUCCAGCUCGGGAAAGAAGUCUGACUCACUUUGACGCCCUCGGCUCAGGGUCAGCAGCAAAUCAUGGGUCUGAGCAACAAAGAUCAGUGCCAUCUGAUGCUCAUUUUUUAUGAGCAAUUUGCCUCCCUUUUAGGGAGAAAGAUUGCUAAAAUGAUUUUUUUUAAGUAUUAAUUACCCGAUUUUUUUUUUUUAUGUUCAGACACUCAGCUUCCUCUAUCUAAUUAUACCAUAGCCAAAGUAUCCUUUGAAAACAAAGCUUUAUAUCCAAAAGUCUGCUUUUCCAAAAUUUUCUAAUCAGUGUGUUGGGGGCAUAGGAUGUGGACAGGGAAUGGGAGAAAAAGAGAAGGAUGUGGAUGCUAAUUUCUGACCAUCUUGACAUACACUGUGGUCAAAAUAUUUUUUCACUCGGUUUUACAUCUGAGUUCUUUCUUAAGCCUUAAAUAACUAAAAGGAGCAGUGGACAGCCUGGCCUGGCAGAGUUGCGAUGCCUCACAGAUGGCUUGAUCUGCGUGUCAACACAGAGAAGCCAGAAUGAAAAUCCCCACCAAGCAGGGUGGUGGAUUAGGUUCCUUGGAGCAGAGUGCCACACGUCCUGUGGACUGGGGACAGGGCCGCCACUCUCCCUAAAAUGCAGCGUGUUCCAUUGCAGCAAAGCUUUCACCUGUGUUCAAAAUGCAUGUCUAGCAGAUUGCAUUUUUUAAAUAUGUAUAAAUGAAUGUACAUAGAACAUACUCUAGACUAUGAGAGGGUCUUAUUUUAAUAAACCUGGCUGCAGAUGGCACGUCAGGGUACUCUCUGAGUGUUUUAGUCAUUCAGAUCCAGUAUGUAUUUAGAGAUUGUCUCACUACUUAUAGCUGAAGGAUGUUGAUGUGUAGGCAUCAAGAAGGCUCAAAUGUGUGUGGCUUAUCUAGGUUUUAUUUCUGAGAGGCCAAAUUAGAAAAGUUGAUGGUGUUGCACACCAAGUCCCCUUUGUCAGGGGGCGUUUUUUUCUCAUCAGACUGGAGUUUGGGGCAGCUGGGUCUAUAGGUUAAGACAUUGGAAACCUGCUCUCUGGAAAUAUCCCUAUCUUAUUGAGAAAGAGGGGGUAUCUUUCUGAUGUUUAAACCAAAAUGAUGAAUGUGGAGGUCAUGUCACUGUUUUUCUAACAGUAAAUCUGUUUUCCCAGUUGAGAGAGACAGCAGUACAUGUCUGUAAAAGAAUAUGGUGUUAGAAUCCACCUGUUCAAGUGUGUCGGUAAGAAAGCUUUUGUUCCCAAGUGAAGCCUGGGGAACCUUUCCGCCUUCAGCCAGAUGCUGUGUGCACUUGAGUCGCAUGCCGUCUUUCCUCUAAAGAGAGCUGCUUUUGGAAAGUGGAGAUUGUGGGUAGCUUUUUCACCUUUGAAAACACAUCAGGUGAGAGAAAAGACAAAGCUAUCUGAACUUACUUUUGUCUGUGUGCAGAAGUCUGUUCUUCCAUCAAACCACUAAACCACUUGCCUUAGUCUCUUCUGCAGUUUCCCAUGGCUUGAUCUGUGGGCAGGAGACUCCUGCCUGUUGGAAAUGGCUGGGCCCUCCAAAGCAACUGGGUCAGGCUUCAGGGAGCAGUGGGGCUUUGGGAAAGCAGUGUUCAUCUUGGCUGCCUGCAUUUUUAUGCCACCUGUCAAGGACUCUUGUGCUUCUCUCCACCUGUACCAUUGCAACAUUGCCUUUUCUCUUGGUGCUCCUGGGCAAAACUGGAAUUUGAAAUAGAACUGGUGUUGUCUUCUUAGAGAGUAUGGUUCCUGCCUCAGUUCUGGCCUGGUAUGGUUUUUCAUAUGCUCUGAAGACUGUCACAUGGAAAUGCCAAUAUCCUGCUACUCAUGUUGCUUCGUUUUAAUAUUUUUAAAAAGCAAAUGGACAAACUUCUUAUUUCAGUGAACAAACUCUUAUGUUGCCAACAGCACCUGAAAAUGAUCAUAACUGAAUCUCAUAAAAGAUUCAAACUACAGAUUCAAGACUGGUGGUGUAAAAUGAAGAGGAAUUUCACUUAUGUGUUACAGCCGCCAAGUUGCUAGAUGUUCCUGUCAUGGCUAAAUAGUCACUGCUAGCCUUCCAGAGAACAGAUAUUAAUAAUUGUUUGCAGUCAGAAUGUUGCAUCUCACCUUGGCAUUUCAGCUGUUUAUUUUCUGGGAGCUUCUGUGUUGACAUCCUACAGGACAACUGCCUGGUGGAAGGGAGAAGGUAGGAAAAGGAGCUUACUCCAGGGGACUUGACUAUGGCAAUAGGCUGGCCCAAGCCAGAGUGAUGGCUUCACGGAAAGCAUCCGGAGGCCCUCAGUUGGUACAGACAAGAUCUAAAAGUUAGGAAAGGGGCUUUAAAUCACCCAGUCCAGUCUCCCCAUAGGUGCUGACAUUCUUCCCACAACCAUCCCACCAAGGGUUAGAGCAGUCUGGGCUUAAACACCUCUGAGGUCAGAGAACUCACUACCUCCCAGGGGGGUCUGGUUCUAUCUUUGUAAACCUCUGGCUUUUCUAUGUUCUCUGUGACUUCCAUCUGAGUCUCUGCCCAAUGAGGGCCACAUGGAACAAGUUGCUCAUCUUGGCCACGGAUCUAAUUGCUUGCUGACACUGUCCCAGGGCAUAACAAUUGACUUUUGAAAGGGAGCAGCUAGCAGAUAGACACACUGGCGUCCUGACUGUCCACCCCUCUAAGUACUGUGCACUCAGUUCCGUGUGGAGAAUGCCAAGGAAACGCCCUCAGCCUGGCUGCUCUCGCCUGUGCCUGCUGAAGCUGACGGAGGACGUCAGUGGAGGCAGGGCCGCUACUGGCCUGACAGGGAAAAUCCAGCACAGAGGAGGCCUGCGCUGUGUGUGUCCCACAAGAACCGAUGCUCGCAUCACUUAGGAGGAACUUUAGCUAGAAAAUGUUAAAGUGUUGCUCUGUGUGGAGUUUAAAGUUUCCAUGGCUGUUGAAGGCUUGCACCUUAACAUUCCUGAAAGUACUUCACAUACUAUUUUUACCAAGAAAACGGAGCUUUGGAACUUGGGGGAGUUGGGGAACCACAUGCUUCAAUGUCAGAGAAGUGCCAUAUUUUCAAGCUAGAAAGUCCUAUAAGGUUGCUAGUGUCCAGUUCAUUUUUAGAGAUGGGGAAACUAAAAACAAAAACAAAAACAACAAAAAAACAACAACAACCUGCUUGAGUCACAAGGCGUUACCUGGACUAACCUCUCCCCCUCCAGGCCGCCUUCCCUUCCCACCUGCAGCGUGGCUCAUUCAGUCUAAAGUGACCUGCCGCAGUUUCUUGAGAACUAGGAACUGAGCAGAGGUUUCCAAGACCAGCCUGCAGAACUCAGAGCUGAGUGAGUGAUUAAGAAAGCCGUCAGCUGAGUUUUGCAAAAUGAAUGAGAAGAGCAAACAGAACUUGCUUAUAAUUUAAGACCAGCAUUCAAAAGUGCCGGCAGGAUAUUUAGUGUUGUCCUAGAAUCUAAACUCUCAUGAAAUGGGCUUGCUCUGUGAGAUCUGUUGGUCAGACUCCUUUCUUUCACGUAGUCCUUGGAGCGUGUGUGACUCCGUUGGCCCUGACGGGACAGACACAGCUCUGUGGCCUUGUGAUUCGCAGCCUUCCAGCCUGUUACUGAGCUAGGCAGGUGAACGGGACAGGUGAGCUCAAGAUCAGACCCUGGGAAGCACGGUGCUUUAGGGGUGCCUCUUUAUUCCUUUCAUUUUAUUACCGGCUGUUUCCAAGUUUAUGGUUAGGAACAGUAAAAGGUGAUCUGAUGUUUUCAGGUAGAAUACAGACUAGGGCGAGGUGGGACCUUUUCUUAAGGUAGAAGUGUCUACAAUCAGUUAUUUCAUCUAGCUUGCAUUUUAAAACACAAACCCUUCGGUUGCUUUCACAUAAAGGACACAUCCUUGCCAACGACAGGGUUGUACAGGAUCCCUGUUUUACAUUAUGCCCAUCAGAGUGUGUGGGGGGUGUGGGUUUUCUUUCCAUUUUGUAACUGCCUUAUUGAAAAGCAAGUGCCCUUCCAUUCCAGGCCUCCUCAUAUUGUACGUCUCCUGCCAAACUUGGGGGAUCAUUUGUAUUUUAAUUUUGUAAUCUAUGGCUCUGUACUGUUGAAAGGCUCUCAAUUCUGUGGGGUCUCCUUAGUAAUGUAUGUGACUUUUCAUGUUGCAAUACCACACAGAUGGGACGGCCCGACUUUCGCUCUUAAUA